CCGUUAGGGGGAGCGACGGCUCCGGCCGUCAGUCACAAGACGUCUGGUCGCUUGAUAAUAAACGACCAGGGAGUUUUUGCGGGGCUUUUUUCGCCAUCAACGCGGCACCGUUAGGUUUUUAUUCCCUCGCAGGAUCACCUAAAGCUCGGAUGCAAAAUAGAUCAAGCGCGAUGAAGAAGAAGGUCCUGCUUAUGGGAAAAAGCGGGUCAGGCAAAACAAGCAUGCGAUCCAUCAUAUUUGCCAACUACAUUGCAAGGGACACAAGGAGGCUGGGUGCCACAAUCGAUGUGGAGCACUCGCACGUGCGCUUCUUGGGCAACCUGGUACUCAACCUGUGGGACUGCGGAGGCCAGGAAGCCUUCAUGGAGAACUACUUCGCCAGUCAGAAGGAUACCAUCUUCAGGAACGUCGAGGUGCUCAUCUAUGUGUUUGACGUGGAGUCUCGCGAGCUGGAGAAGGACCUGCACUACUACCAGUCCUGCCUGGAGGCCAUCCUGCAGAACUCUGCAGAGGCCAAGAUCUUCUGCCUCGUCCACAAGAUGGACCUCGUGCCCGAGGAGGAGAGGGAGCGGAUUUUUCAGCUUAGGCAAGAGGAUCUCAACAAGCUUUCCAAGCCCCUGGAGUGUACGUGCUUCAAGACGUCUAUAUGGGACGAGACUCUCUAUAAGGCAUGGUCCUCCAUUGUGUACACGCUGGUGCCCAAUGUCCAGCAGCUGGAGACCAACCUCCAACAGUUCACCAACAUCAUAGACGCUAACGAGGUCCUACUCUUCGAGAAGGCCACCUUUCUCAUCAUCAGCCACUGCCAGCGCAAGCAGCACCAUGACGUGCACCGCUUCGAGAAGGUCUCCAACAUCAUCAAGCAGUUCAAGCUGAGCUGCAGCAAGCUGGCCGCCCAGUUCCAUAGCAUGGAGGUGCGCAACGGCAACUUCGCCGCCUUCAUCGACGCCUUCACCCCAAACACCUACAUCAUGGUCAUCAUGGCCGACCCCAGCAUGCCAUCAGCAGCAACGCUGAUCAACAUCAAGAAUGCCCGGAAACAUUUUGAGAAACUGGAAGGCGCCAAGAGCCCCAAUUCCCAGUCCCUGGUUCGGAGAUAACGGCCUUGCUGUAGUUCCGACCUUCCCCCAACUCCUUCAAAAUUUCCUUUGUUCUUGCAGCGAUUCUUUGAAUGUAUAAAGAAAAACUGAGUAAUUUAUGCCAAGCAACAUUCAUAAAUUUGCAUAGCCCGCCAAUAGCAUAUGGCCCCUCCUGAUAGAACCUUUAUUUUUUUAACCCCAUAUUCUUUGAGAACUGUUGGUGCAGUGUCUUGCGAACAAGUGCACGUGCAAAUCGAGCAUUUUACCAUGUUGUUUUUUCUCUCUGCUCUGAAGAAGGAAAGUACAUGCUUGAAUUUGACCCGAUUUUUUCUUCCGCGUUCCACGUGUAUAAAAAAAUAGGAGAUAUCUGUAUACUGUACAAAUUAAUAAAGCAAUUUUCUUGUACAUUGCA